GUGUGAACGGGCAUCUUGAGUGCUCCCUGUGUCUGUGUACGUACUGUACGACUACGUGCCCCAGUGUGCCGUGUGUCACUGGCGGCAGUGCAGUCAGUGCCCCGUGGAGUUGCUGAUGGGUAUCUCGCCUUCUUACCGAAGAUUAACUUAAACGUAGAAAAAUAUGGCUCGCUAGUGACUUGAGUGGAUUUUAAAUGAAUGACAAGCUCAAAUACCGUUUGGUCUUAAACUUGAUAAAAAAUAAUGAUUUUGAGCUGAAGCGUCAUGGCAUAGCUGAAUUGUGUCAGUUGCUAAAAAAAAAAAAGCCAAGUAUUCAUACAUUUAAAGUGUAGUUGAACAUGAUCAAUUGGCGUCUGUUGUUCAAGUGACAUUUUUGUGUGAACAGCAGGCAUAAUGAUGAUUGCAAUCAUAAUCGUGGUUCUCUGGGCCAUUGGAGGUUUCUUGGUAUAUUCCUAUUGGACGAGUCCGUCGGCCCAGCCCAGGCAUACCCAUGCCACGAAGGCCACCGGGCGUGGCCACGGCUCCUCUCGUGCCCCGAUAAGGCGAAGGGCUAAAGAGAAGCUUUCCAGGUCGAAAUCUCGAUCGACCGAGGCACUGAAGAGUUUGAAUUCGAGGGUAGAAGAGGAUUCGUUUGAGAUUGAGACAUCAGUCUCGAAUGAUGUCGGUGCUCUGAAGGAAGACGCUCCUGUGAAGUGUAGAGAAGAGGGUGGUAUUCCUACUGGAACUGGAUAUACCACAAGAGCUGAAAAUGUCACUGAGACUGGAAAGGUCAAAAGGCCGGAAAAUGACACUGAAACUGAAGAGAUCACAAGGUCUGAAAGUUCCACUAAAGCUGAAAAGAUCACUGGAGCUGUAAAUGCCAUUGAAACUGAAAAGAUCACAGGAUCUGAAAAUGCCAUUGAAACUGGAAAGAUCAAAAGGUCUGAAAAUGGCACUGAAAUUGAAAAGCUCAUAGGAUCUGAAAAUGUCAUUGAGGCUGAAACGAUUUCAGGAUCUGGAAAUGUCAUUGAAGCUGCAAAGAUUGUAGGAUCUGAAAAUGCCAUUGAAGCUGAAAAGAUCACAGGAGCUGAAAAUGUCAUUGAAGAUGAAAGGAUCAUAGGAGCUGAAAAUGUCAUUGAAGGUGAAAGAAUCGUAGGAGCUGAAAAUGCCAAUGAAGCUGAAAGGAUUGUAGGAGCUGAAAAUGUCAUUGAAGAUGAAAGGAUUGUAGGAGCUGAAAAUGUCAUUGAAGGUGAAAGGAUUGUAGGAGCUGAAAAUGUCAUUGAAGGUGAAAGAAUUGUAGGAGCUGAAAACGUCAUUGAAGCUGAAAAGACUGUAGGAGCUGAACGUGACAUUUUAACUGAAACUUCCUCUGAAAGUGAACAGAAAAUUGAAGUUGUCGAAGUCCUUGGAGUUAGCGACAUUGGACCUGAAAAAGCAAUCGAAGCUGAAAAUGUCAUAGAUCUUAACAAAUCCUUUGAGCCAGAACCAUUUUUUGAAGAUGAAGAAGCAAUUGAACCUGGAAAGGUUAUCAGGGCCAAAAUGAUCAUAGAGGCCAAAAAGGUGGGCGAAGUGGAGAGAGUCAUUGAUGGUUACGAAACGGAAGAGGUCGCCAUCGGGGAAGAAUUCGAAUUGACAGUUUGCGCUGAAACGGAGGAAACAGAUACCAUUGAUGAAACAGAGACUAUUAUGACGGAUAAUGAUGCGGAUGACUUGAACCAACAGGGUGGUGGUUCCCCUGUACCUGAACAGGACACUGACUAUGGAGAAUAUUUGCUGUGUGAUGACAGUGAUUCAGACGAUUCAUCUGAGGAAUAUGACACAACUCACAUCACGCAACAUCCUGCGGGAUACAUUGGAAAUGAUACAUCACCUGCGUACCAGAAUGGGGACUGUCUCUCUGCAAUAUAUGAGGAGAGUGAGGAAGAGUUCGAAGACAGCGAAGAAGCCCGGCGUCUGCGACUGCUAAUGAAACGGAAGAGAUACAUAUCGCAACUCCACGAUCUGGACGAAUACGCAGAGGAAAUCGUGCGCCUGUACUUCAGCAGCAGCGCUUUUGUAGACGAAGCUGCUGCGGCACAGGAAGACCGUCAAGAUGAUGCUGUGGGUUGCUCCACAGCAUCUGGAGGUAACAGUGCCAGUGAGGAAAACCCCCUGGGUCCUUUGAGUCUUGGAAAACUACUGGACCACUCCCACUCCGGCAUAAUAGACUUCGGCAUGAAGGCAGAACCCGGCGUCCCUUGGUUUGAAUCGUCCUCAGACAUAUCAGAAGCUAGCUACUGCACUGAGGUGAACCCAGCAGUGGCUGAGACUUAUCUGACUUCUCGGCAGUUGGUGGAGGAAGAAGAACCAUGCCGAGAUGGCAUUGUGGUCAGGAGGCGCUUGAAUGUCAAUAGAAACGACGCGCAAGGUGUUGCUGGGCCAACUGCUGAGGCAGCGUCACAUGCCAGCCGUGGCGGAAUCAGGAGUUCUGACACCAGCAGUCUUGGGUCCAGCGAUGAUUCUGGUAUCGGCGUCGAGUACUCAGAGAGAGUCCUGCUUCAGCCGCAGCCCACAAUAUUUGGGACAGUAGCAGACGACCAGACGCCCAGGGACAACAAUACAAAAAGGGGGCUACCCCAGACGCCGAAGAGUGGCGCCAAGUCGUGUCCUUACAACGGUGUGGAUCGCUCAGGGCAUCAUCCCGAAUGGGCUACCACGCCAGAUGAUGACAAUUCGCUGGUGUAUGAGGAUGGAGUGUUGGUGUCCGGUUCCUUGCAGGCCUUGGUGCAGCACGCCGUUCCGACAGCGGUCUAUUAUCCGGACACGGCUUAUCUCUUCGCCUUCCUCCUGUCGUCUCGGCUCUUCAUCAAGCCCCACGAGCUCCUUCAAAGGAUCUGCGACGUGGGAUUCACCCAACAGGGACUCAAAGGCAAUGAUCUUUCUACUAUCAAUAAGGAAAAGCUGGGACGAUUCGUACCCCACAUGGUGCAGCUUUUGGGUGAAUGGAGCGAAACGUUUCCCUACGACUUUCGCGACGAACGGAUGAUGGGCGGGGUUCGGACCAUGACACACAGGUGCAUCGCCCUCGAACCCGCCCUUCGGAGGGACGUGACGCAGGUCCUGCACAACUUGCUGAAUAAACUGACUCAGUUGGAGCGUUACGAAGAGGGCCUGGCGAAACUGUCAGCGCCCCCGCCCUCCGAUUUCAUCACUCAGCCGACGGACAUCACCGAAGUCUGCCAAAGUCCUCUGGUGAUGGCGCAGCAGCUGACCCACAUAGAGCUCGAGAAACUGUCCUACAUUGGCCCGGAGGAAUUCGUCCAGGCCUUCGCCAAGGACAAUCUCGACGCCUGCUACAAAGACCUCAAGAAGACGAAUAACCUCGAGAGUUACAUCCAGUGGUUCAACAGGUUAUCGUACCUCGUGGCAACACACGCGUGCACUCACGUCAAGAAGAAGCAGCGAGUGAGAGUCAUCGAGUGGUGGAUCGAAGUUGCCCGCGAGUGUUUCAACAUCGGCAAUUUCAACUCCCUUAUGGGCAUCAUUGCUGGGUUGAAUAUGUCCAUCGUCUCGAGGCUCAAGAAGACAUGGAGUAAAGUUCAGAGCGCGAAGUUCUCUGUCCUGGAACACCAGAUGGAUCCUUCCAGCAAUUUCAGCAGCUACCGGUCCACACUGAAGGCAGCCAUGUGGAGGUCGGCUGGAGCGGUGGACGAUAGGCAGAAGAUCGUCAUUCCCUUCUUCAGUCUCCUCGUCAAGGAUCUUUACUUCCUCAAUGAGGGCUGUGCUAGCAGACUACCCAAUGGCCACAUCAACUUCGACAAGUUUUGGCAACUGGCCAAGCAAGUGACCGAGUUCAUGGCGUGGAAACAAGUAACGUGUCCUUUUGAGAAGGUCUCCGACGUUAUUCAUUACAUGCAAACCACGAACGUCCUUACAGAAACAGGACUGGCGUUAGCAUCAUUCGAGUGUGAAGGACCUGAGAAUAGUUACGAGAAGGAGAGAUAUAAGACGCUGAAAGCCGACACGCAACAACAGACCGCUUAAUACUAAACCUCAUGGCUGUACUUAAUAUGAUAGUGAAUGUUAAGUCUCCUCUGGAAGCAGAAGCAGUAUAUAUGUUUCUCAAGUAUAUGUGCUGCUAACUCUAGUGCGGAUGAGGAACUUUUCCUAAACAAUAAAAGCAACUGGAUAUUAAAGCAGUGCUUGGACUACCUAUGAUGAUGAUGCUGUUUCUCAUCACAUUUCAGGACAUCACAAAAGGAUUAACUGUGGAAGUCUUUUCCGAACUCUGAGAAUUCUUAGUCCACUGGAAAAUUAAGUAUAAAUAUGGUGCAUAAAGUAAGAAGGAUUAGCAAAACAAAAUAAACUUCGAUGUGUGUAUUAAAAAAUACUUUGGCAGUGAGAGUAUAAUGUAUAUAAAAAGACGAUAUUUGUAUAUUGCUUCGACGUGCAUUUUUUCAUCCCUCACAGAGGGAGGGGAGGGGGGUUAGUCAGUCAGGUGUGUGUGUGUGUAUGUGCACGAGAGCGUCUGGUGGUAUAAUAUAUGAUGAGUUUGCGUAACAGAGUAACAAAUUAUUAUUUAUAUGAUUUUUAAGAUAAUUUCAGCUUAAUUCUCUCUAUCCCCUCUUAUCCUUCAAGGUUUUUUUUUAUUCUGUGUAUGGGACAGUUGAACAUUUUUCUAAUGAAAAAGAUGGUUUGGGACAGUUGAACAUUUUUCUAGUGAAAAGAUGGUUUAUCUAAUAUUGUAAAUUGUAUAAUUGUAUAUUUUCCUUGUAUAAUUUUAACUAGUCUAAAAGAGGUUUUGUUGAUUUUUUACUGUUAAGAGUGUAUAUAUAUAAUUUUGUCUUCUACCAAAAAUGGUCACACAGCAUCAGAGUUAACUAAUAAUAUUAUUAGUGGGGGAAGUUAGUAACACUAAACUAGUGGUGUUGUUUACAUUCCAAUUGAUGGUAAUUAGGAUGUUUUUAUUAAUUUCCCUGUCUCUCUCAUGUGGGGAAUUAGGGUUUAAUUAUUGUCAAAGAGUUUAUAUCGCAAUAACUAUUGCUUUUCACUGUGUAGCAUAUGUAUGAAGUUUAAAAAUUGUACCAUAAUGUAAAAACAAUUAGUUAUCACAUUUUUAUGCGGCUGGGUUGUAUGAAUGUUUCAUUUUUUGUUUAUCCUGAUCCUGAAUUAAUGAUUUCUAUUAAAAGAUAAUUUAAAUAAUGCAAGUUAUAUUCCGAAAGGAAUCCCACGCUUUUUUUGACAAAUUUCUCUAAUUCAGAUAUAAAAAUUCAUUAAUGCAAGUUAUAUAUAUUCCGAAAGGAAUCCCACACUUAUUUUGACAAAUAUCUAAUUCAAUCUAAUUCAAAAUCGUGUUAAUACUUUUUUUUAUCCUGAAUUAUUGAUUUUCUUUUAUAAAAGAUAAUAUAAAUACCUUAAUGCAAGGUAUAUUCCGAAAGGAAUCCCACACUUAUUUUGACAUUUCUAAUUAAAUUUCUAAUUCAAAAUUGUGUGUUAUACACGUCUUGUGUGUAAGAGUGCGAACGCAUCUUUGAGUGCGUACAAACUUCAAGACCAAAGAUUUUUCCUGAUUUCUCUCUCUCGCUCUUAGCCCAUUGGCAAAUUCAUUUUUCAGAAAAGAGAAAGAAAAGUUAAAAAAAUGGAUAUAUGAACGAUGAGUUUCAUAGAUAUAUUUUCAAUAUGUAUAUAUAUAAUAUAUUCUGCCGGUGAGUUUGCCAAUGGGAUCUGAUAUAUUUUUCUUCACUCACACUUCAUUGUAUAUAUUAAAAAUAUUCUAUUUGUAAAUUGUUUCCUGUAUAAAAUAAUAUCUAUCACGGGAAAAAGCUAAUGAUCUGAUUUUUUUCUGGUUAGUUUUAUAUACUAAAUUUUUUUUUUUAGCUAAGCCGCCACGUUUUUCCUAAAAUAAAUUAUAUAAUUGUAGUGCAGAUUAAUUAUUUUAAGCAUUUCUAAUCACAGAAUGCAUUUAAAACUACGUAAAAUGCGUGGUGGAUUUAAUAACAUGGUCAAAAUAAUAUUUUUUUCCCAAUUCUUUAAUAGCGCUCAAUGCCUUCCUUGGAUUCUGACUGCAUUUACGAAAUGAACUUUAAUUUUUACUUUUCUCAAAAUUCACUGGCAUGUUAGUAACGAAAUUUGAAAUUUACUUUAUCUCAAAAUUCAGUGGCAUGUUAGUAACGAAAUUUGAAAUUUCUUGCAAUGUAUUCUCAUCAAAGCUUUGAAUUUCACCUUACCGAUGCAUCAUUGUUUCUUGCGCUCUUCUCUGUCUGUCUGUCAGUCUGUCUGUCUCUGUCACGAGCCUGAAAACGGCAUAAUAAAAGCGUGAGGUGGUGUGUGCGCGUGUAUUGCCAGCACUCGAUGGCGUAGCAUAAUCAAUGGUGUAUAAAAUAAAAUAAAAAAAAAGGAAUUGCAUUAAGUAAAGCUGCACUCAAACACUACGUUAGUAUAAAGAAACGCGUGUAUAAUUAAUUAAUUUUGGAAUAUGGGAUCGACUGUGCGUACAGAAAAAUAUAUAUAAAAAAACACCACCUUCAUCUCUAUAUUUUUUCCUUCCUACUGAAAAGCUAUGAAUUUUUUUUUCUUUUUGGUAGAUAUAUUUUUUGGUAGGGAAUUUGUUUUUUGGUAGGUAUAUUUUUUGGUAGGGAUAGAACAGAAUUAAUAUUUUUUCUGAUUUAUUAUUAUUAUUAAUAUUAAUAUUAUUUGGCAGUGGUGUUCAUGCAUAAUUGAGAAAACGGAUUUUUCUGAUUGAUUAUUUUUCUGAUUUAUUAUUAUUAUUAAUUUUUUUUUGACGAGUGGUGCUCGUGCAUAAUUGAGAAACCGGAUAUCUUUAGAAGGACAACUACGCAAGCAAGCAAGCAAAGUACGCUAAAACCAUGUUCCGAGUGUAUCAUGAGUUUUAUAAUAAAAUAAUCCUCUGUCUAUCACAUGUCAUUUGAAUUAAUAAAUAUUGCAGCUAUUUGUAGUAACUUAAUCUGCACCUUGUAUAUAUGAAAUACAGACAUUUUUCCAAUAA